AGCAGGAGAGCAGCAGUUCUGCACAUGUGCACAUCCAGGGAAAGAGAAGGGGGACAGGCUCACAGGAAAUCAAUGCAAAUACUCAGUGCGUGUGGGAGAGACUCUCACACGGGGAAAUGUCUGCCCUGAGACGCAACAAAAGCCAGAAAAGCCCAGUCAUGAAGGAGGCUGGACGAGUGCUGGAGGGACUGCACUGAAACCCAGGGCUCAGGAGAGGAGCUGCCCUGUGUGCUUUCUGUUCCAGCUGGCUUCGGGCUUCCAGUUCUCUGGGCUACGGAACCAUACUACUUGUGGCUCAGCAAUGUUCUCUCUCAGGCAACCCAAACCUUCCUUUAAAUCCUACCUUCUGCCCCCUCAGCAAGAAGACAAACUAAAUCCAGAGACAAAGAUAAAAAAGUUGAAACCUGUCCUUCUGCCAGGUGAGAUAGUUGUGAAUGAAGUGAACUUUGUCAGGAAAUGCAUUGCUUCUGAUACAAGUCAGUAUGACCUGUGGGGGAAAUUGGUCUGCACCAACUUCAAGAUUUCAUUCAUUACAGAGAACAGUGUGCCCUUCCAGAGAUUCCACUAUAAGAACCUUCUUCUGGGUGAACAUGAUGUCCCUUUGACAUGCAUAGAACAAAUUGUUGUAGUUAAUGACACCAAGAGAAAGCAAAAGAUUCUCUCUCACAACCAGAAACUGAAGUUUAAUCCUACAGAACUAAUUAUUUAUUGCAAAGAUUUCCGUAUCCUGCGCUUUCGUUUUGAUGAAGCUGGCCCAGAGAGUGCCAAAAAGGUAUGCCUAGCACUUGCUCACUAUUCCCAGCCAACUGAUCUCCAGCUUCUUUUUGCAUUUGAAUAUGUUGCUCAAAUGUAUCAUAAUCCAGCAGACAAAGUCAAUGGGAUAGACCCUGGAGGAGGGGACUUUUGCCAAAGGACUCCUUUAUUUGAAACCUACUCUGACUGGGAUCGAGAGAUAAAACGGACAGGGGCUUCGGACUGGAGAGUUUGCUCUGUUAAUGAAGGAUACAUGAUUUCUACUUGCCUCCCAGAAUAUUUUGUUGUCCCUUCCUCUUUGGCUGACCAGGAUUUGAAGCAGUAUUCACAUGCAUUUGUUGGAAGGCGUAUGCCGUUGUGGUGCUGGAAUCAUUCCAAUGGGAGUGCCUUGGUAAGGAUGGCCAGCAUUAAAGAUCUGUUACAGCUAAGAAAAAUAGACCAAAGGGUUUGCAGUGGAAUCACCCGCAGCCACCCUCUCCGGAGCGAUGUUUACAAAUGUGAUCUAGAUCAUAAUGUGCCAGGGAUCCAAGACAUCCAUGCAGCAUUCAGCAAACUCAGACAGCUGUGUGUGAAUGAACCAUUUGAUGAAACAGAGGAAAAAUGGCUUUCGUCCCUUGAGAAUACACGGUGGCUUGAGUUUGUCAGGACGUUUCUAAAGCAAGCUGCCGAACUUGUAUACAUGCUGGAUUUCAGCCGGCGUUCUGUGGUGUUGCAAGAAGAGGAAGGCAGAGAUGUCAGUUGCCUGGUGGCCUCUCUUGUCCAACUCAUGCUCGAUCCCUACUUUCGGACCAUUGUUGGAUUCCAAAGCCUGAUACAGAAGGAGUGGGUCAUGUCUGCAUAUCCGUUUCUUGACAGGUGCAACCAUUUGAAGAGAUCUGAGAAAGAGAGCCCACUGUUUGUGCUGUUCCUGGAUUGUGUUUGGCAGCUACUACAGCAGUACCCAGCAGCUUUUCAGUUCACAGAGACUUACCUGACUGUGUUACAUGACAGCACCAGGAACUCACUGUUUGGGACAUUCUUGUUCAACUCUCCUCACCAGCGUGUGCAACAGAGCACAGAAUUUGCCAUUGGCAAAAAUAUCCAGCUGGGAGAAGAAAAGGGCCUCAAGUUUCCCUCUGUGUGGGACUGGUCCCUCCAGUUCUCUGCCAAGGAUCGGGCUUUGUUCAAUAACCCCUUGUAUAUAGGAAAGAGUGUUCCCUGUGUGCAGAACGGAGCUGUGAAAUCAUUUAAGCGCACAAAGAACUACAGUUCCACAAUGCGUGGGAUGCCGCCCUCCCUGAAGAAUGGAUUGGUGAUUCAGCAAGAGAUAAUGCCUCGUAGGAACUCUCUUAUACUAAAGCUGAAACCUGAAAUUCUCCAGCAAGUGCCAGUAAUGCCCAGUAAUGGUUUUGAGCAGUAUAUCAGAGACUGGUUUUCCAAACCUGCAGACCUGCAUGGGGUGAUCCUACCCUGCUUGCAUGGAACACACAUAAAAAUAUGGAAGCUCUGUUACCUUCGCUGGACACCUGAAGCACAAAUUAAUCAUGGCGGCUUUAUUAUGGCCUUCCAAAGAAUAUCUAUUCUAGCAAGUGAGAUUGAACUGCUGCAGUCAAGACUGCGUCAAUAUAGGGGUUACCCACUGUCCAAUGCCACUUCCCCUGCAGGAGAACAAAACCGAAUGUUCUUUAGACCAGAGGCGUUACACAGCAGCAAUGAAAGCUUGGACAUUCUCUCGUCCUCGUUCCCCUUCUCCCCUAUUGGGAACUUGUGCCGCCGAAGUAUUUUGGGAACUCCUUUAAGCAAGUUUUUAAAUGGUGCCAAAAUAUGGCUAUCAACUGAAACACUUGCAAACGAGGACUGAGGUCCAUUGAGAUGUAGGCUGCAUUCUGUGGGAUAUGGAUGCCUUUACUAUGAAAUUGCAGAGUUGAUGUUUUUGCAUUGUAUUUGUAGUGGCGAAAACAGCAGGGUUUUCAGUUGGAGAAAUAUGAGUGGCGCCUUACUUCAAAAACAGGCAUACUGGGCUAAAAUGCUAAAAAUCCAUAGUAACAAAAGGGAGUUAAUCUUGUGGAGUGUAUGUUGGUGUGGGGUUGUGAUCUGUGCAUUUAUAGAGAAGGUGAAUGUUCAUGGCCAACAGCCACACAUUGCAGCUCCAUGUAAUUAGAUGUUUUUUAUACCUUUAUGUGAUGCUUGGUAUAGGCAAAUACAUUAUUUACCUAUACUGCACCAAUGCAUUGCAACUUAUGUAUAUUAAAAGCUGUGACUAAAAUUACACAACAGACUUCAAUUAACAACAGUGGUGUUGAGGUUGCACCUAUAUUUGGGGGCUCAUUUACAACUGUCAUCAUGACUCAAGAACCAGGCACAAGAAGAACAUCAGUCUUGCACAGUACAGAAUCUUUUACCUCCAAUGUAUGCACUGAUUAAUAGCACAUUCAUUACCCCAGUAAUGGAAUGUCUCUGUGGAAAGCAUCCCUACCCCCCCCCACUUGGGGCAAGACUGAUGCCACUCAGUGUCCUGCACUCAGGGUACAACUUGUGGCCUCUUUAUAAAUGAGGUGCCUCAGUACAUUCAAUUCCUGUAUUCAGGUUUUUGAUGAUGAUGGUUUGCGGUUUUAGCCGAUUUACUGCAGAAUAUGUAUUCUGCUGUUACCUUAUUUUUUGGUAGAAUUUAGAAGAGCUGAAAUGUUAUUUCUAGGGUACAAUUUAUUAAGCUAAUCUUUGUACAUAUUCCUGAGACUGGAAAUAUCUCAGUGGGGUACUCUGAGCUUGAAUCAAUCUGUGGAAAGUAAGCUGCAAGAUAAUGUGCACUGUUAAUCUCUGUUGUAGAUAAUAGAUGUAGAAGUGCCUUAAGAUACAUUAAAUUAAAAUAUGUAUAUAGUUUAGAGUAAGAAUAAAUAGGUAUAUAAUGGUACUGUUACAUGCAUAGGCCAUUUACUAAACCUAAAAAUCACUGCAUUUAUGCACAGAUGGCAUAUACCAAAUCCCAGCUUUGGUCAGACUGACACAAGCACCCUUUGUGGAUGUGGGAGCUAUGCUUUUGGGAACACUCAUUGUGGGCUGUGGUUUGAAGAUGUGGGGAUAUAUGUAAUAAAGCAUGGAUAACCUUUUAAACCCUUGUUUCAAGAGUAAAAUAUCACUAAGGCGAAAUGAACAUAAAUUAAGUUUAAAGGGGUUGUUCACCUUAACAUUAAGUAUGAUGUAGAAAGUCAUAUUCCUAGACAAUUUGCAAUUGGUAUUUAGUUUUUAUUUGCCGUUUUUGAAUUGUUAAGCUUUUUAGUUGCAACUAUUUAGUUUGGAAUUUUAGCAGCUAUCUGGUUGCUAUGGUCUUAAUAACCAUGAAGUGGUUUGAGCGAGAGACUGGACGAUGAAUAGGCAAGGGCCUAAAUAAAAAGUAAGAAUAACAAAAUUGUAGCCUUGCAGAGCAGUAGGUAUUUUGGUUGCCAGGGUCAGUGAUUCUCUGUUUUGAAAGCUGGAAAGAGCAAGAAGAAAAAGGCAAAUCCUUAAACUAUACAAAAUAAAUAAUGAAGACCAGUUGAAAAGUUGCUAAGAAUUACCCAUUCUAUAACAGUAAAAGUUAACUUAAAGCUAAACUACCCUUUUAAAAGAAACAUUCAGAAACUUAUGAAUUAAAAAUUGAAAGUGCUGGCAAGCUAUAAUUUGGGUCCAGUCCUUCCAGAAACAGGAUUCUAAUUGACUUUAUUGGUGAAUAUUGGGAACGAGCAUUGGUCCAUAUCUGACUUCCCGAUUAUUAUUCAAUAAGCCCGUAGAAUAAGAAAACAGUGAUACUAUUGCUAUAUGCAAUGUUUUUCCCUUUUUUCAUCACAUAUCAUAUUACAUACACAAUUAAAUAGAGAUGUGGUUAUGUAUUAGUGCUUUGAGCCAAUCCUUCCCCACUUUGCCUGUACAGCUGCAGGAUCUAUUAUCCAGGUAGGGGGCCUUUCUGUAGGAGCCAUAAGGCCACUGAAUUAUGCUGCGCUUAUGAGAAAAGAAAAAAUGACUGCUAAUUUUUGGAUUUGAUGCUGCUGCCUGUAGCCCUCCUCUAACUUGGAGGGGAAAAGCAUCAGAACCGGUAGUUUUCAGGCCAAAGAACAUUUGGGGCUGGAGAGAGCCAAUACUGACUGUCAAGCACUUCCCAUUUUAGUGUAUGAAAAGCAGCACCGGGCAGUUUUUUUUUGUUUUUUUUCCUCAGCAUACGCUCAAGUUGUAGGGGGUUGUAAUACAAAAUGCACCUUAUGAAACAUGGUGUGCCCUUCUAGACAGUUAUGGAAGAGAAAAGGCAGGGGAAGCAAAAUCAUGAUGUUUAAAAAAAAAAAAAAAAAAAUGGUUUUCUUGAGUGGCAGAAGUCUGCAACGUUAUUCAAGCACAUAUUGAUUUGGAUUAAAAAAGGGUUCACCUUUUAAAUUUAACGUUUAGUAUGUUACAAAGUGCAUCUUUUCAUUUGGUCAUUCUAACCACUGCCUAGAUGCUAGGAUAAGAUGGACCUUAGCUCUUUGUUGAGCAGCUCUCUAUUGCUAAAUAAUAAUAAAUAAAAAAACAAAUGAAGAUCCCUGUGUGAACAACCCCUUUAAGACAAGUUUUGCACUGGUGAUAUCGCUAAUGAUAACUAUGAGCAUGCAUGAUAAAGAAUAAAUGCCAAAUAUCUGACGUCUGAUUUAUCUUUAGGGUCCACUUCCUUAAUCUGAAUUGCUGCAAAGCAUUUGCACUAUGUACUACUGUGUGUUACGUUUGUGCACAAGCUUAAAGUAUCAAUGACUUGUGUCCAUUAAAGCUGGUUAGCAAUCUCUUUAA